CUGAUAGGAGCUGUAGAGAAUGGUGAAUAGUUCGUAGCAUUUGGAUAGGAUUUAUUUCGACGUUGCACGUGUUCAAACAAAUCUACGAAAAUGGCAGAAGAAGAUAAAACCAAGAAGAAGAGCAAAAAGAAACCGCUCGGCGAAAUUCAAAAAACAAUGAAGUGCGAGCUCGAGCCCUCGAGUGAAAGCGUAACACUUGAUUGUAAAGAUUGGCCUUUAUUGUUUAAGAAUUUUGACAAGAUGCUUACACGCACAAAACAUUUCACACCAUUAACAUGUGGUUCCACCCCACUCAAUCGAAGCUUAUCAGAAUAUAUUAAGUCAGGAUGCAUCAAUUUGGAUAAACCAUGCAAUCCAUCGUCGCAUGAGGUGGUAGCUUGGAUAAAAAAAAUUUUAAAAGUGGAUAAGACGGGCCAUUCUGGCACAUUGGAUCCUAAAGUAUCAGGAUGUUUAAUAGUCUGUAUAGAUAGAGCCACUAGAUUAGCCAAAUCACAACAGUCCGCAGGAAAGGAAUAUACCGCUGUGUUUAAACUUCAUUCCGCAGUAGAAAAUGUUCAGAAGGUGCAACAAGCAUUGGAAAAGUUACGUGGUGCUCUCUUUCAAAGACCACCAUUGAUAUCGGCGGUUAAGAGACAGCUUCGUGUUAGAACAGUUUACGACAGUUGGCUUCUCGAUUACGACCAGGAGCGCAAUAUGGGAGUAUUUCGCGUCAGCUGCGAGGCCGGUUCGUACAUUAGAACCAUGUGUGUCCAUCUUGGACUUUUUUUAGGUACCGGUUGUCACAUGCAAGAGCUGCGAAGAGUUCGUUCUGGUGUUCAGUCUGAAAAAGAUAAUAUGGUUACUAUGCACGAUAUCCUUGAUGCACAAUGGUUGUAUGAAAAUCACGGGGACGAGUCAUAUCUGAGAAGGGUUAUAAAACCUUUGGAAGCACUUCUGGUGAAUCAUAAGAGAAUCAUCAUGAAGGACAGCGCAGUAAAUGCAAUUUGUUAUGGAGCUAAAAUAAUGCUGCCAGGGAUUUUAAUGUACGAUGAAGGAAUAGAAUUAAAUCAAGAAAUUGUCAUAGUGACAACCAAGGGUGAAGCUGUAGCGCUUGCUAUUGCAUUAAUGACCUCUUCAACUAUGGCUAUGUGUGAUCACGGAGUGGCUGCAAAAAUCAAGAGGGUAAUUAUGGAAAGAGAUGCGUAUCCAAGGAAAUGGGGUUAUGGGCCUAAAGCAUCGCAAAAGAAACGUAUGAUAGCUGAAGGGAAAUUAGAUCAGCAUGGAAAACCAAAUGAAAAUACGCCAUCUGAUUGGUUACAAAAUUACACAGACUAUUCCGCGACAAAGGUAGCAGCAACAGAAAUUAAGACGGAGAAAAAUGGUGAUGUUGAAGUAUCUAGUGCUGCUAAAAAGAGAAAAUUUGAAGAGACAAUAAUGGAUACAUCAGUUUCUAUAAAACAAGAAGAAAUACCUGAGAAUCCGGAAACAUCACCGAAAGAUAAAAAAAAGGAUAAGAAAGAGAAGAAGAAAAAGAAAAAGAAGGAGAAACAAGAUACGGAAGGCGAAGAGUCCAUGGUGAUGGAAGAAGAUGCCAGUGGGGAAUCUCCAGUGAAAGAAAAAAAGAAAAAGAAAAAGAAAGAUAAAGACAAAGACUGAAAACCCAUCAGUCAA